AACUGGGUUUGAGGUUUUUGUCCGUUUUGAUCUGGUUUUGUUUUGAAUUGGUCUCAUUCGAGCAGAAAGUUGUUUUAUUUUUAUAUGUGAAACUCACAGUAAUGUCUCACCUAGAUCCCUCAACCUGACUGACUUCAAUACUGAUGAACAGACUGGUCACCAUGCAGUUCCUGGGCCGUAUUUUGGACACUGUGAGCUCUGUGUCGAGCCUGUUCUCCAACCCAUACCGCGUGAGGGACGUCCAGCUCUCUGACUAUAAUGGCAAAAUAUUACACCAGCAGGAGGGUAGACUCGCCCUGUACAGAAACCAGCAGAGCCAGUCAUGGGACUGCCUGCUACUGUGUCCUGAAUCUCCAUCUGUGGCCCUGAGGAUGUUCCAGGUGGCCUCCGAGGAGGACGCAAUGAACUGGUUUCCUCAAUAUGCCCUGAAGCUCCGCCCAUUUUACGAGAUGCUCCGCCCGCCGCUGAAACCCGAGAUGCUGCAGCCAAUAGUGGACUGCGUGCGGAAUCACCCUGAUUGGAGCUCGGCUCACAUUGCCGUGGACACCGGACUGAGAGACUGCCUCAAACACAACUACAUCCUCAGUCAGAUGAACUCUCGUGACGCUCAGGGUCAAACCCCGCUGCAUCUGGCCUGUGAGAGAGGAGACGUGGGCUGUGUGCGAGAGCUCCUGGAAGAAUGUCAGGCCCGCACAGACGUCAAGGAUAAGAACGGAGAGACGCCAAUGCACUGCGCUGCCAAACAAGACUCCGCCCUCAUCAUAGAGGUGUUGUGUGCACAGUUGUGCGCGGGUGUGAACGAGCUGAACGCCGCCGGUGAAACACCGAUGCACAUCGCGUGUCGUCUUGGGAGGGUGGAGGUGGUCAAGGGUCUGCUGGGAGGCGGAGCCCGAUGUGACAUCAUGGGAAAUAAUGGCUUUCCAAUCCACACCGCCAUGAAGUUUAGUGAGAAGAGUUGUGCUGAAGCCAUUUUAUCUUCAAGCCCAAAUCAGCUUCUGGCAGAGGAUCCGGUUUAUGGCGGGACACCUCUUCACUGGGCCAAAACUGCAGAGAUGAGCCGUCUUCUGCUGGACAGAGGAUGCAACGUCAACUACUUGAGCAAGACUGGAGAAAGUCCUUUACACAUCCUGACCAAGAGAGGGCGCUUUGAGGCCGCAAUGACCCUGCUGACACACGGAGCUGAUGCUAAUAUUAGGGGUCAGGAUGGUAACACUGCCCUGCAUCUUGCUAUGAAGCUGGACAACAUGGACCUAAUCAAAGCCCUGAUGGUGUUUGGAGCUGAUGUGGAGGUUCAUAACGAUGUUGGAGAAACACCAGGCCUCAUCGCUGCCAGAACCAGCAAGGGCUCCAACCGUAAGGUGCUGUUGAACAUGCUGUGUAGUGUAGGUGUCGAACGCUGCCAUCCUCCAUCCCUCAACAGCCCUACUCACAGUCUCAGAAAAGCUCCGCCCCCUGGCAUAGGGUUCGAUGACAUCAUGCAAGUGGCAGUAGCUGUAACGGCCAUGAGUCGUGGAUUCGUAGAGGCUGAUGGGCUCAAAACAGGAAACAAAAUGGACAGACUGUUGUGUCUUGAUGGUGGAGGAAUAAAGGGCCUGGUUCUCAUCCAGUUGUUGAUAGCUCUGGAGAAAGAGGCAGGACGUCCUAUAAGGGAACUCUUUGACUGGGUGUCUGGAACCAGUACUGGUGGCAUACUAGCCCUUGCGAUUGUCCAUGGAAAAUCAAUGGAGUAUCUGCGCUGUCUGUACUUCAGGAUGAAGGAACAGGUGUUCAAAGGUUCUCGGCCAUAUGAGUCUGGACCUUUGGAGGAAUUUCUGAAGAAUGAGUUUGGAGAAAAUACCAAGAUGACUGAUGUCACACACCCAAGAGUAAUGGUGACUAGCGUUCUUGCAGACAGACACCCUGGAGAACUGCAUCUGUUUCGCAAUUACGACCCGCCGGCCCUUCAGAGAGACCCUCCAUACAAGUCUACGGCCACAUUCCAGCCUCUUACUGUGCCACAAGGGUGGGAGGAUGAAGAUCUUUUGCUAGUAGGAUAUACUCGACCUCCCAGAAAGCGUAGGAAGGUGACUGAUGAAGAGCAAUUAGUUUGGCGUGCUGCUCGCUCCAGUGGAGCUGCUCCCACGUAUUUUCGACCAAUGGGCCGUUUUCUGGAUGGAGGGCUGUUGGCUAAUAACCCAACGCUAGAUGCCAUGACAGAAAUACACCAGUUCAACAAAGCCCUGAAGGCACAGGGUCGUGAUGAAGAUGUAACCCGGUUAGGGGUGGUGGUCUCACUGGGCACCGGUAAACCUCCUCAGGUGGCGGUGAACUCGGUGGACGUUUUUAGGCCUUCCAAUCCAAUAGAGCUGGCCAAGACCUUUGUUGGAGUCAAAGAACUGGGCAAGAUGCUUGUGGAUUGUUGUACAGACUCAGAUGGUUGUGCAGUGGACCGGGCCCGAGCGUGGUGUGAGAUGGCUGAUAUAAACUAUCACAGGUUGAGUCCUCAGCUGUCGCAGGAAGUGAUGCUGGAUGAGGUCAGCGACGCUGUGUUAGUUGACAUGCUGUGGGAGACUCAAAUGUACCUCUACGAGCACAGAGAUGUCAUACAAACCCUCUGCCAGCAGCUCCUGCAGCUCUGACAUCAGCCAUGAAGGUCUAAUAAGCAGGAAUCUAACACAAACACCGAUUCUGUUUACACUCAGUGCGUCUACGUUGUUUUUGUGGCGUUUCAUUAAUUUUAAAGCAGAAUAUUUAUGAAAGAAGAGAAUUAUGACACUUUUUUCCUAAUAUGAUUUGUAUGUCCGAUUCUGAAUUGGACCAAGGUUAAUGUUUGACACGUGAAGGAUUCAGAGCGUCAUCUUAUAUGAACUACCACAAUACAUACAUUUAAAUAUUGCAUUACAUUUUAUUACAUAAUUUAGCAUAUAUUGGCAUAUAUUUUAUGCUAAAUUUCUCUAAUAAUACGUUCAAUGUCUGCCAUUAGCUUUAAUCAGGGUGACGUGUUCAUAAAAUAUGUUUUUACUCAUUAUUUGUCAGCCUACACAUCACUUUUGUUCAUUUUAUCUGACAUUUAUUGAUAAACUGACCUGGAAAUUGCGAUUGUAACCACUGUGAUUUGCAUAAUAAUAAGAAAUUGCUUGCGUUUAUCAUUAAUUAUGCAAAUAUUUGAACAUUUUCUUGAUGACAUCUCUGUCUGCUAUUUCUAUGUCUUUUGAUGUCAAUUUGAAGCAAAAACCUUGCUUUUUUCUGUCAUGAAUGAAAGAUAAACAAAAAAGGUAACUUUGUGUUAUUUUUAAUCUCACAAAUUAGACGAUUCUUCUCAAAAUUACAACAAAAUUAAAUAAAAAAAAAGUAAAUUAUUAGUAUUAUUAAAAUUAAGAAUUAAGCGACUACCUAUAAGCUUGGAACUGCAAAAUAAAUGUUGGAUUUUAUGAAUAGAGUAAGAUGUUUAGGACCCAGAUUUUAUAGAUAUAAUAUCAGAAUUGUGAGAUUAAAAUAUUAGGAUUCAAAUGUUUUGAUUUAUUCAUUAAUCUUUUUUUAAUUUUUUCGUUGUAGCCUUGCAUACUUGAAUAUUUUAAUACUGCAGCUGUAGCAUGUAUAUGAAAGUUACUCAGAUAUUAUAGAAUAUACUGAUGUUUUUAACAACAUGUAUCUGGUCUAACUUGAAUACCUCUUUUAUUGCUCAUUAGCCUUGCUGUAUUUUUGUUUGGUUUAUUGACUAACAUAUUUAUCAUUUAUUUGUCUACAAAAAUAUCUUCUCACGUGGUAAUAACUUGACACUGGAAGUUUUUCUGAGACCAAAGUAAGCAUUUAUUCACUUUAUUCCUAUAAUGACCUGCUGUUGUGGCACUGAUUUGAAAGUGAUGUAAAUCCUGAAAUAUUAUUAAUUAUAAUAAUAAAAAAAGAUGAUUAUUGAAA